CAAUUAAAUCUAUUCAAAUGCGUUCUUCUCUCUUGGCUCUCGCUCUUGCUCUCGUUGCUUCCGCAAAUGCUGCUUCCUUCAACAAGCGUGCUGUAACACCUGCUGUUCAAACCUGUGUUAAGGAUUUGACUGCAGCUCAAAACCAACUCACAAUUGUUGCUACUGCUGUCAAUGGUUUCACCUCCUCAUCUGGUUAUGCAGGUGCCUUAUCCGUUCACAGCAAGGAACAAGCCCUCGAAAACUUGAUCAAGCAGGCCAACACUGACUGCUGUGCAGUCACCACAGUCGUUUCUACUGAAGAUGCCAAUGCUGUUCUUGCUGUCGUCCAAACGCUUGUCCCUGAUAUCGAAAAUGCUCUCGGUGCCAUUGUUACCAAGAAGUCUCAAUUCGAUGCUGUUCCUCUUGCCACUGGUAUUGUCAAGAGCGACAUCAAGAACCUUCAAGCCAAGGUCACUACCUUGGAUAACUGUAUCCUUGCUGUUACUCCCUCUGACUUCACUACUGUUGCUAAUGAAUACGUUGGUAGAAUUAACACUGCCUUCUCCAAAGCUGAUACCGCUUAUGGUAUCUAAAUGAGCUAUUAUUCUUUAGUUCGUGAUCCUAUCCCUUAAAUAAUAAACUUUACAGUUGUCCCAGAACAUGUACUUUUUUUUAUUGUAAAUGCUGCUCUCAAAGAACGUUCGAAUUGCG